AUGUCAACUUCAGAAUAUUACGACAUUAUUAUAAUUGGUGCGGGAAUUGCCGGUAUCAAUGCGGCGUAUCGUGUCCAAACAUGCCUUCCAGAUCUCACAUAUCUCAUCCUGGAAGGACGUAACUCUUGCGGGGGAACCUGGGAUCUCUUUCGUUAUCCCGGCGUACGACUUGACUCGGACAUCCACACAUUCGGCUUUGCAUGGCAUCCCUAUCAAGGCGACGAGACUAUGCUCUGUGGCCAGACUCUUCUCAAGUAUAUCCAGGAAACCGCGACGCAAUUUGGCAUUACCGACCACAUCCGCUGCAAUCACCGAGUUACCAAGGCAUGUUGGUCUUCAGCAAAGAAUACCUGGAAUCUUCAAGUCCUUACCGGUCAGAUGGACUGUCACUUCCACACCAAGUUCCUUCUCUUCGCCACGGGAUAUUUCGAUCACGACUCUCCAUUACCCUCUGAGAUCCCCGGCAUCGCUAACUAUAAAGGAGUCGUGGUGCACCCUCAAUUCUGGCCGGAGAAGAUGGACUACUCCGGACAAAGAAUGAUUGUUGUGGGGAGUGGCGCAACGGCAAUCUCGCUCGUCCCCAAAGUCGCCCAAACGGCCGCUAGCGUGACCAUGGUCCAGAGAAGCCCGAACUACAUCCUCUCUAUCCCAUCCAGCGGUGAGGCCUCUUUAGUGGCUCGCAUGCUACCAGAAUCGGUAUCCCACAAGCUAAAGCGACUAGGGUGGCUCGCAGUGACUUUGGUGGGGUAUUAUCUCUGUCGAAAAUUUCCUCGCGCAGCGAAAGAUUAUUUGGUGCGUCUUGCCAGCCAACAGCUACCUGAUCACAUUCCCUCAAUUCCUCACUUUCAGCCAAAUUACCGCGUCUGGAAUCAACGUCUACUGGCGUGUCCGGAUGGAGACUUUUUCUGCAGUCUGCACAGUGGUCGAGUGAACGUCGAGACAGGGUCCAUUGACACAUGUACACCGGAUGGAAUUCAGCUGAACAAUGGUUUACACAUCCUGGCCGAUGUCAUUGUCACCGCAACGGGGUUGAAGCUCCAGAUUGGUGGGGGUGUUGUCCUGGAAGUGGAUGGAAGUCGAUGCAAUGUAUCGGAGAAACUGGUUUGGAACGGCAUGAUGCUACAGGAUGUCCCCAACGCUUUCUUCGCCCUCGGGUACCUCACAACGGCAUCAUGGACUAUGGGAACGGAUUUAACGGCCAUGUUUGCAUGCCGAUCGAUCAACCGCCUGCGAGCAAAUCAGUUUUCCAGGGUUACUCCGCGAUGUAAUCAACCCGGAGAACCAGGGCCGUUGAGUCCUAUCUGGGAUUUGAAUUCAUCCUAUAUGCUCGCUGGUCAGAAGCAGAUGCCUUUGGCAGGUAGUCGAGGACUAUGGAAGCCCCGUCGGAAUUAUGUUCUAGAUUAUUUCCAGUCUCAAUAUGGAUCCUUUGGAAAUGGUCUGGAGUGGUCAAAAGCGGUCUAA